AUGGGAAGCAGAAACAGCGACAACAAAAGCAAGGGCAACGACAACAGCAACUCGAAUUGGUUGCCUAUAGAUAUCAUCUAUGACAUACUAAGAAGAGUACCUGCUGAAUCACUUGUUAGAUUCAAACUGGUAUGUAAGUUGUGGAAAACCAUCAUCUCUAAUCCUAAAUUUAUCAGCUCUCAUCUUCACAUAUGGAAAUCCAAGCCCUCGUUCAUCUUCUCAGCAGAUUUCUGUUUACGUCCCGAUCGCUUGCUUCUUUCGGAUCUUCAAGACAAAGACUCGACAGAUUUUCCUGUACGUUUCCCCCAAGCUUAUGAUGAAAUUGUUGCCUCUACUGAUGGUUUAUUACUUCUUAAAUGUUUUCUUGUUCAUUCGGAAGCAAGGCUGUGUGUUCAUAAUCCUGUUACUGGUAGUAAAAAAAAAUUACCACUAAAUCCAAAUCACAUAAAUCAUAAUGGUUCCUGUUCUUAUUGGAUAGUACAUGAUGCUUCAAUUCAAAAAUAUAAAGUGGUGGUUUUUAUUGAUCAUGAUGGAGAUCUUAAUGUCCAAAAUGAGAUGGGCAUAAUUACUGUAGACAAUGAUGGAGAUAAGAGAUGGAGGAAAUUGAUCAGUCCAUCGGCAUUUUGCCUGGGUGUUGCUUUCCAGGUCAUCACUGUGAAUGGGAUAUUGCAUUGGUUAGCAUUCACUUCUGAUAUUAUGAAUUGUCUUUUUAAUCCUGAUCUUCAAGUGGCUUUUGUACAAUCAAUGGACAUUGCUAAAGAGGAAUUUAGGCAAGGAAUAAGCUUGCCAUGUCAACCAAAAAUAGAUUAUGAUGAUUUCCGAUAUGUCCGACUGAUAAAUUGCAACUUGUUGGAGAUGAAGGGAUCGAUCUGCUUCUCAAACCCGGCCACUGAUACAGAAUUAGAGUUAUGGAUAUUGGAGGAUUUGGAUAAUCAUAUUUGGGCUAUGAAACAUAAAAUAUGUCUUCUUUCAAUUGUUGAUAAGCCUAAUGGUCUUGCAAGUUUUUUAGUGACUGAUUCAUUUUACACAAUUCAAAUGAUAGGGAAUCACGGAUUGAUGAUCUUCGUUGAAGAUUCAAAUUCUCCUUAUUUAGAACGAAUGCGCUGGUACUUGUAUGACUUGAGGAGCCACGAGUUUAAAGCUAUUGUCAAUAGGUCUGCUGAAGCAAAAAGAUGUUAUUUUUAUUCAGGUCUGCAGAUUACUCAUGUCAAAAGUCUAGUCAGUUGGAAUAUCCUAGAGGAGAAUUGGAAUGGUGUUACUAUUGCUUCCAACCUUGCCUAUUUUUUGAAACCAGCAGCUUUGUGUUAUCCAGAGGUUUUCAGAUCUUUAUGCCCCCGCCAUGACUUAAUUAAGCGUUUUGCCUUUGAAUGCAUUGGGAGAGUUCUGCAAAUCUUUCAUGGGCUGGCCAAUGGUGGUAAAUAUGAAGAGUCUUUGUUGUUAGAAGCAGAGGAGUUGGUGGAUAAUUUGAAGGGUGCUAGAGUCGAUGUUGAUUGGCUCGAGGAGCGAUUGAGCAUUCAACGGAAAAUGAUGGCGGCUAAGGACAAGAUGACAAAAUAUGGAGCUCUUUUGAAGGCAACUCAGGAUAAAUAUAAUAGGUUACAGGACCGUUACCGUUUUUCUGAGAUAGAGUCGGAAGUAAGCAAAUUAAUUGACUACUUGCAAUUGAUAUGA